GGGGUUGGGCUGAACUGCCAGCUGAGGGACUGUCGUGAACAGUCGCAGUGUUGGCUCAAGUCGUCUGCGCUCAGUAUUAGCUGGACUGAGAAGUGAGUCUGAGAGAUUUCUGCCUUGGAAUAAGUCUGCGAAAGAAUCACAAAAGAGACUGAGGAAGCAACAAAUCUGGAUGAAAACACGCGCAGACCAGAACGCCAAAUGGAACAAAAAAGGACUUCUUCUCUUCCGCGUAUCAGUGUAUUCAACUAACUAGCAGCUAAAAGCUAACUAACCUCUAUAGCUCUCUUAAAGAGCUUUAAAUAGCCCUUUGUUUUUGUUUUAAAAAGCACGAUUAAAUGGACCUCGGGCUUUUGGAGUUUACUUCUAACGUUACCACAGGAUGCGUCUUAAGAGUUCAUUGCUAAUAACAGCUAAAUAGGUAGUUUAGAGUGGUUAUUAGUUGGCUAGUUACUAGUUAAAGUUAGCUCUUCGUGUCGGUGCUUGUUCAGCUGUCUCUCGAAUGAAGUGAUUUUUUUUAAGCAGCUAAAACAAAGCAAGCUUUAGUUGUAACACUUUUAUGGCAUACCUCUAACGUUUUUGCUCUUCAUGAUGGACUCUGUCUGAAUGAAGUGGAUUCGUUUUAUUGUUUACAGCUGAAAACAUCUUUUUUUUUUUUUAAAUACUUUUGAUUGAAUCUCCUGACUUUUCGUCGCCAUGGCAGCUGUAGUCAGCUACUCUCCACCUUGGUGGGUAAACGUGCUGCACAGACUUCCCCACUUCAACCUAAAGUUUCAGCAAACAAGCAGUGAUUUCCAACCAGAAGACUGGACAUAUCAGCAGUCCAUCUUGUUGGUGGGGGGUGUGGCGCUUGCCUGUCUGGCUCUGGACCUCAUUUUUCUGCUCAUCUACUCCAUUUGCCUCUGCUGCCGGCGGAGUAAAAACGCAGAUCAGCCCAACGCCGACUGCUGCUGCACAGCCUGGUGCGUCAUCAUUGCCACCCUUGUGUGCAGUGCUGGCAUAGCUGUCGGUUUCUAUGGGAAUGGUGAGACUUGUGAUGGAGUGAACCGGCUGACGUAUUCCCUCCGCCACGCCAAUCGCACAAUCACUGGAGUUCAAAAGCUGGUGUAUGAUAGUACAUCGUCGUUGAACCAGACGGUGGACAACAGUCUGCAGCAGCUUGAGAUCCAGUAUGCUCAGCAUGCAGACUACCUCUCUAUCAUCCAAAAGCUGCAGGGCCAGCUGGAUGAGCUGGUUAGACAGAUGGUCGAGAUUCCUUUCUGGGACAACAACCUCAUUUCCCUGGACGAUUUGUCCAUCACCAUUGAGCUUUAUGACUGGUACAGGUGGCUGGGCUACAUCACACUGCUGCUCUUCGACAUCCUGAUCUGCCUUCUUGUCCUGUUUGGCCUCAUUCGCAACUCAAAGGGAAUUCUUAUCGCGGUGUGCUUGUUCGGCGUAGUGGCUCUUAUAAUCAGCUGGGUCUCCCUGGGGCUGGAAUUAGCUGUCUCUGCAAGUUCAAGUGACUUCUGCUUUGCUCCUGAUACAUAUGUUACCACAGUGGUGGAUCAGUAUGGGGUCAUCGAUAAAGACAUCCUCCAGUACUACCUUAGUUGCGGUUCGGAGCAAACCAACCCCUUCCAGCAGAGGCUUUCUGGAAGCCAUAAAGCAUUAGUAGAGAUGCAAGACGAUGUGUCAGAGCUGCUUCGCUCUGCCACCAGAGAAUACAAACAGACAAAGGAAAGUCUGGAGGAGAUUCAGGGGAUUCUAAACACCACAGAGAUCAGCCUUCAUCAGCUCACUGCACUGGUGGACUGCCGCAGCCUGCACAUGGAUUACGUUCAGGGCAUGACUGGACUGUGCUAUGAUGGUCUGGAAGGCCUCAUCUACCUCCUGUUCUUCUCCUUUGUGACGGCCCUCCUGUUCACCUCCAUCGUCUGCAGCGUGCCUCACACCUGGAGAGGGAAACGGAACGACGACGACAGUGAAGAUGAGUCUCUGAGCCCCGGUGGGAGGCAGAACCCCGACGGCCUGUACCGGGUCCACAUGCCCAGCCUGUACAGCUGUGGCAGCAGCUAUGGGAGCGAGACGUCCAUUCCUGCCACGGCCCACACUGUCAGCAACGCGCCCGUCACAGAAUACAUGGCUCAGAACGCCAACUUCCAGAAUUCUCGCUGUGAAAACACGCCUCUGAUUGGACGCGAGUCUCCUCCUCCUUCUUUGUAUUUGACUGCCGCGGACAGUAACAGCGGUCACUGCUGGCAGUUAAAGCCCUCGGAGAGUUCAAGAUCAUUUUGGUAACUUCAUCUGCAUUACUAACAGUACACCUCCAGCAUGCGAGCCAAGUACCUGGCCAACAGUCGACCCGAUCCCAACAACCCUCCAGCACGUUGAACCCCUCCAGUCUCCACCGAACAUCUCUGAAGCUUCUCCUCCAUCCAGUCUCUCCUCAUCUGAUCCCCUUUCUUCUUUAUUUCAACCAAAUGUUUUUCCCAUCUCAGCUGAAGCGGAACCAGAGGACAUGAAUCAGAAGCACAGACACUACUAAUCCAACUUCCACACUCCUUUGUUUAGCUUUGCGUGGAUCGCUAAAGGCGCUGGGACUGAUGCAAUGGACGGUUUGAACUAAUGAGGACAUAGUUGACAUUGAACAUGGUCUCUUAAGUACUGUAACAUUAUCUUGUCUUUACUCUGGAGGAAAUGCCGGCAUCUGUAGAUAAGAUCUUUCACUCAUUCAGCUUCGAUUCACCUGCUUCAAUAGUGAGGUUAGCUUGUUAGGACUCAGCUCUUUUCUGGUUUGACUCGUACUGUACCUGUGGGAUUUCCACCGCACACUAACACACUUGGCUUAUAUAAUGGCACUCUGUCUUAAAUCUGUUGUCUGGGACCAGUUUUUCUGUGGUGUUGCAUGUUUAACCAGUUUUUUUUUCCACUUAUUUUUUUAAACUUAUUUUAUUUAGCCUUUUUCUUAAAUAUUGCAAUGAGCCCAACUUCCACAGCAGUUUUUGUUCACCUGUGAAUUCUAGACCUGGCAAAUGGUUUAAUUUGGUUGAAUAAAAUUAACACGUUGAAAGUUUACUUUUUCUAGGCAAGUAACUGUGAAAAAGACGAGUGCGCGGACGCUUUAAAGUUUUGAGUUCCCUGUGUCUUCUGAACUACUUGUAAUGUGGUUCUUUAUUAAAAGAACUCCAGAUGUUUCACUCUUAAAAAAGCAGUGGAGAUCACCCCAGUGGGAGUUUUAAGUUGAAUAAAAAAUGUCUUUUUCUUAAGAAAUGUCUGGAGAAAUUGAAUGCAUUUGCAAUGCAGUGCCUCAAAUGUGUUUUAGCAUUUAAAUAGAGCUAAGAGAAGGUGGUGGCUGCUGUGAAAUGAUUGGUUUAACUUCUACUUACUGUAUUUAAAAAACAAACAAAACACUCUUUUAGGAAAAUCCUCCAUUACAGCAUGGUGAGCGUUUUGCCAUGGAUGAGAUGUUUGUGCUGCUUCUGCUUGCUUCUGAAUAUGUGAUCAGUGUAAGAAGUGAUGGUGAGACUGUGCCAACAAGUUAAGCACAAACCUUUUACACAUCUUAAAAUCCACCGACAGCUCCUGGGUGGCUAAGAAACAAGAAAAUGAGCCACUUUAUUAUUUUUUUCUUCUUUUUUUAAAACAAUUUAUGCUUCGUUUGAUAAUUCACUGAUGCAGUCUGGACUUUCUGAUCUUUUUUUGUAGUUGUAGUUUUGACCUUUUGUAAUGUACAGAUAAAGAACAUUUAAAACUUUGAAAUUUUUUUGAAUCUUUCCUUUAAAAAAAAUUGUCUGAAAAGUUAAGGCAUUUAUUGUGUCUUUUAGGUGAAAACAUAACUUUCUGUAAAUAUUACUAGACUGUCCCUCUUUCUUUUAUGUACUACAAUCACUGUAGAUCUGUUUUUUUAUACAUAAUUUUGUAACGUGUACAUGUAAAAGCUGUGGCCAUGUUGAAGCUUGAAUGCUGUGUUUUGAAAUUAAAGGAACUUUGAAUUGCA